AUGGCACAAGCAAGAGGCGGUGGUCCGCGUGGGGAUCAACCGACCCCCGAUAACGGCGAGGUCAUUCAUAUCUCCUCAUUGGCACUCCUGAAGAUGCUGAAGCACGGCCGCGCCGGUGUCCCAAUGGAGGUUAUGGGCCUUAUGCUUGGGGAGUUCGUAGACGAAUACACAGUACAAGUCAUCGACGUCUUUGCAAUGCCCCAGUCAGGAACAACGGUGACAGUUGAGUCGGUAGAUCACGUUUUCCAAACGAAAAUGGUGGAUAUGUUGAAACAGACUGGACGACCUGAAAUAGUUGUCGGCUGGUAUCAUUCACACCCUGGUUUUGGGUGCUGGCUAUCCAGCGUAGAUAUCAAUACCCAGCAGUCCUUUGAAUCGCUGGAUCCUAGAUCUGUAGCCGUUGUUAUUGACCCCAUUCAGUCAGUAAAAGGCAAAGUGGUCAUCGACGCUUUCCGCCUCAUCAACCCUCACGCUGUAAUCUCUGGACGCGAACCACGGCAGACGACCUCCAACAUCGGCCAUAUUAAUAAGCCUUCAAUCCAAGCCCUCAUCCAUGGUCUAAACCGACACUACUACUCCAUCGCCGUGAAUUAUCGCAAGACGGAACUCGAACAAAGCAUGCUCAUGAACCUUCAUAAGAGAAACUGGACAGAAGGACUGAAGCUACGCGACUUCUGUUCGCACAAAGAAGAGAACGAGAAAGCUAUCAAGUCAAUGCUUUCCCUUUCAGAGGCGUACAACAAAUCUGUCCAGGAGGAAUCAACACUCACCCCAGAACAGCUACAGACGCGUCAUGUGGGAAAGCAGGAUCCGAAACGACAUUUGGAAGAAGCGGUCGAAAAAGCUAUGGGUGACCAAGUCGUUCAGAAUCUUGGGACGAUGUUAUUGGCUGAACUUUAG